AUGGCCCAACUCGACGUUGACAGUUUAAUGUCCCGGUUACUAAACGUGGGCAUGGCCGGAGGGCGACUGACUACAUCGGUGUCAGAGCAGGAGCUUCAACAGUGCUGCUUUGUUGCCCGGCAGGUUUUCAUAUCCCAAUCAUCGCUCAUUGAGUGUGAGCCACCACUGGUCGUUUGUGGAGAUAUUCAUGGACAGUACUCGGAUCUGCUACGUAUUUUCGACAAAAACGGUUUCCCGCCGGAGACGAACUACCUGUUCCUCGGAGACUACGUCGACAGAGGACGCCAGAAUAUUGAAACUAUAUGUCUGAUGUUCUGCUACAGAAUUAAGUCAGGGUCUUGCUACGCUCACACUCAAUCUUCGAAAUUGGGUCCUGAUACAUUUAACUGGAUGCCGUUGUGCGGGCUGAUUGCCGGACGGAUUUUAUGUAUGCAUGGCGGACUCUCUCCUCAACUCGCAGCUAUCGAUCAGCUUCGAAACAUACCUCGUCCACAAGAUCCACCAAAUCCGUCAAUGGGUAUUGACUUGCUUUGGGCGGAUCCAGAUCAAUGGGUGAAGGUGGUGCAGGACGGUUACGAGUUCUUCCGCCCAACAAAAUGGUGA